GAUAGAUGUAGCAGAGAGAGCCAGGCGAGAGGAAGAAGGGUGACAGCAACAGAAGAGAGGGAGCCCCCCCCAGCCCUACUUGAACCCUCCGGAGCCGAGUAGAGCUGGACCGCGUGAUACCACCGCAGUGAUUUCCCCCAGCCUCGGAGCCCAGAGAGCGCAGGAGCCUGUUGCCUGGAUACCCCCCCGUCGCCACAGCGGCGAGAAUCCAGGAUCGAAUCGUGUUUGCUGGCUACUGCUGCAGCUGCCAUGGGGAAAACACAGCUGGCUGACUGCAUGGUUCCCUCGCUGACAUUGCACGUAUGAAUAAGGAAGGAAUCACCCUCAUACGGGGGCUUUGAGCAGAGGACGUGGGAGGCUGAGGGGUGGGACAGGGUGACUGUCACUCGGCUUUGGAUGAUACGAAAACUGUUCGGUAGAUACCAGAGAGAUUACCUAGGAUACCGAGCGACAGGGGGAAGCCAGGGGAGACCUCAAAACAAGAGUGCUUAGGGAAGAGAAGGCUGAUAGGGGAGGAGAAGAGAAAGGAGCAGGGCUGGCUAGGUUAGUUCAGCCGCUAGCAGGCUGUGUGGAGCCAUGCAGAUCCAGUCUUCUGGACCAAAGUCCAAAUCCUCCCACAUCAUCCUCAGUCAGAGAUGUGUACUGGCUUCCAAAAUGGAAAUCCAUCGUGAACAGAGUAUCUGCCAGGCGCGAGCUGCCGUCAUGGUGUAUGAUGAUGCCAAUAAGAAGUGGGUUCCAGCAGGCGGUUCUACGGGCUUCAGCAGAGUCCACAUCUACCACCAUACGGGCAACAACGCCUUCCGUGUGGUGGGCCGCAAGAUCCAGGAUCAUCAGGUGGUGAUAAACUGUGCCAUUCCCAAGGGCCUCAAGUACAACCAAGCCACGCAGACCUUCCACCAGUGGCGUGAUGCCCGACAGGUCUAUGGCCUUAACUUUGGCAGCAAGGAGGAUGCCAAUGUAUUUGCCAGUGCCAUGAUGCAUGCCUUGGAGGUGCUCAACUCCCAGGACACAGGCCCCACAUUGCCCAGGCAGGGUCCCCAGGUUCAGAAUGGCCCCACACCAGAGGAGAUGGACAUGCAGAGAAGGCAGCUUCAGGAGCUGCAGAAGCAGAAGGAUAUGGAGCGUGAGCAUCAGGAGCGGGAGCGCCUGGAGCAAGAGAUGCUGGAGCGUGAGCGACAGGAGCGAGAGCGUCAGGACCGGGAACGCCAGGAGAGGGAGGCGCAGGCAGAGAGGGAGCGAGUGGAGCAAGAGCAGCAGGAGCGUGCCGAGCGUGAGCUGAUGGAGAGGGAGAAGGCGGAGAGAGAGCGGAUGGAGACGGAGCAGCAGGAGCAGUUGGACAGAGAGCAGCAGGACUGGGAGAGAGGGAGACGCAUCUCCAAUGCUGCAUUUGAAAGUACCCUGUACACUCCCACGCCUCAGGAGUGCAAGAGGACAUCCUCCACACCUGUAUCUCCAUCCACACCCACCUACCCAGCUCCUGGGACACCAUCACCCUCAUCCACCACUCCCCCAACCCCACCUCUAAGGCAUUCAGCCUCCCGAUUCGCCACCUCACUCGGUUCUGCCUUCCACCCAGUCCUGCCUCACUACGCCACAGUACCGAGGCGACAGCAAGCCCUGCCUCCUGCUCCUGCUCCAGUUCCCACGCCAGGCCCACCUCCACCACCCAAGUCUGUGGUGUGGUCAGCCUGCAAUUUCACUCCCCUGCCCCCCUCACCCCCUGUCAUGAUAAGCAGCCCCCCAGGGAAGGCUGCUGGUCCACGGCCACUCAUCCCCAUCGCAGCACCUUCCCCUCUCACCCAGAAACCACCCUCGCCGGCCCCCAAUGGCCCACCUAUGUUUCCGGCACCUUCUCCCGUGACCAUCUUGCACAGUCAUACCCCUAUUGGUAUCUCUUGCCCCACCCCACCCCCCCCACCUGCAACGCCCCCUCUCUCCUCUCCCAUAGCUCCCCUUCCGUCUUCCUCCUCCGUCUCGUCUCCCCCCUCCUCAUCCCAGGCUCCUGGUGUGCCCUCUCCCUCCACAGCACCCCCUGCUGCUGCAGCCGCCACCACCUCUGCCUCUGCUGAGCACCUCUCCCUCCCCGUGGGCCUGGGCUCGGGCCUGUCGGGGCCGGGGGAGCCGGACAGAGCUACAGGCGAAGAGCCCCACCCACCUCAGUGGGGCUCCACCUGUCAACCCCAGCCCCAGGAAGUGGCGCAGAACCCAGGGUUGGCCACUCCAACCCCUCCCCCACCUCCACCUCUGCCACCCGGCUCCACUGUGACCUCAGCGGCUGCAACCCCAGCCGCCACCCCCACUACCCCAGCCGGUCACCCUCCCCCACCCCCACCUCCUCCACUCCCUCCAACACUGACUCCAGGCGGGACACCACCUCCACCACCAGGCCCGCCUCCUCCUCCUGGAGCCCCACCCCCACCCCCUGCACCUCCCCUCCCCGCCGGACUGUUCUCUCCUGCGGAGGACCGCCCAAUCUCAGGUCUUGCCGCUGCCCUCGCUGGAGCCAAGCUGCGCAAAGUGCCAAGGAGUGAUGAUGCAGGGGCAGCUUUGGCAGCAGCCAUGUUGGGGGCUGCAGGGGCCAAAUCUGAAGCCAGAGGCAACGGCCCUCUGCCUGGUGGAGGAGGGCUUAUGGAGGAGAUGAGCGCCCUAUUGGCCAGGAGGAGAAGAAUUGCAGAGAAGGGCUCAUCACCUGAACCUGACCAGAGAUCAGACGAGGGCGAGAUCAUCACAACCCCUAAAAUGUCAGCCUGUAGCACACCAGACAUGCCGAGGAAACCAUGGGAAAGAACAAGCACCAUGAACGGUAGCAAAUCUCCAGUCAUUGGAAGACCUAAAUCCACUCCUACACCUACUGCAUCCUUAAGUGCCAACGGUGUGCCAACAGAAGCUGUUGACUAUGACCGAUUGAAACAGGACAUUCUGGAUGAGAUGAGGAAGGAGCUGUCAAAGCUAAAAGAAGAGCUCAUCGAUGCUAUCAGGGAGGAGCUUGGCAAGUCCAGCACAGCAUAGAGGAUCCAGACUUCCUCGUCACGACAUCUACAUCCACGUGACAUGACAGACAACCACAGUCAAUUUAAGACAUGAUAAUACAACAGGCGGAAAAUGAAAUCGACAAUACAGUUGAGACAGUGCUGAUGACAGUAAUCAUAUUAAUACUGAGAGAGGACAUUAUUUUGGGGCAGAGCAGCAUUGGACAGAUCAACAGCGGACAGGGUGGUGGUGGGAGGCUUGUUACUCUGCAAGUUGUGACUCAUUCUACAAAGGCUGCUGUUCCUGCUGCCUUCCGCCCCACCCCCACCCCCACCUCCACCACCUCCUCCUCAUCUUGCUCCUCCUCCUCUUCCUCCUCCCGCUGAGGGCAUCGCAUCCUGAAGGACAGUGCACAGUCUGAAAGAGAAGCGAGUGUCUUUAUGCAAAGAUGUUUUCUCUCUCUUUGUCCUAUAAUAACAAGAAAAAAAACAUAAAAAACAAUAUUGAACUCUUCGACGAUACUGUAUUAACCAUAAGUGAGCAGCGAUGCUAAGAAUCGGAACUCUUGUUAUCAACUAUCAGAAGGCACGUUUUAUUAAGAGAGUUUGGAGCUGGGAAGAAGGUGGAGAUGGAAAAUAAAAACUGUAUUUCCCAUAAUGCCAUAGGGGUAGCGUGCGUGCGCGUACGCACGUGCGUGUAUGGGGACUGACAGUCUCAGGUGAGGCCCACCACUGCAGGACACUGUAAAGCUUGUCUUCCUCAAAUACUAUUUUAACCUGAAUAUGUACAAAAGAAAGAAAAAGUUAUUUAGAAAAAAAAAGUAACUAUCAACCAUGUCUGUUUCAGUGUAGAUCUAUGGCCAUAUCAAGUAGCUCAAUAAUCCAACCUUUACACAGGACACGCUCUCGCCUGUCUCUUCGUCUGUGGAAUCAUAACCAGAAGUGUUGCUCCCACUCUGUGGAGACGUUUUACAGUCAUGUCUUUGUUCAUACUGUUGAGUGGCGAGUGGACGAUACAUGGAGGGCAGCUGCCUGUCAGAGCAGCCGCUGUAGCUCUCUAUCAAACUUUAUCUGUCAACAGAAAGUGCUGACUUGCCCAUCAUGCUGGUUGACCAGAUGUGUAGAUAGAACUUUUCCUUACAGUCAGUUUUGAUUUGAACACUCCCUCUCCUCAUUUUCUCUGUCAUGUUUGUUAUAUUAAGGUACUCCAUUAGGUGCCUGUGCAGUUGUCGUCUCUAUAUGCUGAGGGUCACAAGUCUGCCACGAAAUUGCAUUAACUGUCACAAGUCUGAUAACAAGCAAUAAGUGUAGCAUCUAUUCUAAGGCCCACCUGCCCCAGUCCCACCACCACCAAACAUUUAUCAGUGUCUGUCUGUCCUUUUUGGCCCUUCUGAGCCCCCUGUUGGACAAUGUUACUGCGUGACUUGAUCACAAAUUUUCUGUGAAACUCAAGGCCGAUGUGAAAGAAUAUGAGAGCAACACUGUAAAACAUGAUUUCAUGGAAUAACAACAUUUCUAAAUCAUAAAACUCUUUUUAUUUUUUUCUAUAAAAUCCAAGGAUACUGUAUGUUUAGCUACAUUGGAGCUGAACAGAUUUUUUUACCCUUUGUUUUACUGCAUUUAUAAAAAAAGAAACCUUUUGAAAUGUGCACAGGACAACCCAAAUGUGUAAGAGAUUGUGUCCAUAUGAUAUGAUGGACAUGAACGUGCCAUUUUAAUAUUUCACCAGUGCUUAGUAAUAACAUCUUUUUUUCUUUUGCCCUUAUUUCCUGCCACUGUCAAAUCCUUAACAUUUACAUAUAUAAGGGAACUGUCCCUUUAUUCUAAAAACAUUUUUGUUUCAACGUUUCCUUCAGUUCAGUGCUGAGUUUGUUUCAUUAAAAGCUCAAAGUUCUAUCAACCUGAGAGGGAUAUGUCAGGAGCUGAGAGACUGAAGUCUAAAUACUGUAGCUGCUGCUCAAAGAUCACAUGUAAUAGAUAAAAAGUGCAACUUACAAUUCUGUUCUCUUGUUGUCUAAAUGACAACCUGAGGAGGGAGCGUAGGACUAAUACAAUCAAACCUCAUGACUGUGGGGUCUACGGGACAAGCUUGGCUGUCGAGAACAAUAAUCCAAAUGAUGUGUGAAUCCAGUGUGAUGAUAUCUCCUAAACAAGCUGUAAAAUGCUUUGUGAUUUUGCUUUUACAGUGUCAAUUUCAUGGUCAUCAUCUUGAUUGUAACAUGCAUGUCACAUUGAGAGCUCACAAGGGAAUACAGUCUGAAUAAUCAUACUAUACUGUCAUAGUUUUGGCUUCCUUUCAACAGUGAUAGUGUUUGUAAGUUAGAGGGGCAGUCCAGCAGUUUAAUAUUGCAUUACCUUAAGCUGGGAGACUUGUGACAAAGGCAUACUUCUAAAUCAAAUCAACACAGGCUGAAAACAUCUGGCAUCUUAGUCUUAUUAUUCCCAUAAUGGAACUCGUUUACAUCUUUUAAUUGGACACAUCACACUCCCUGUUCUAGAUUAAUGGAUAACAUUUUAUGAUAACCAUCACUAAAAAAUGGUAAAUUUAUAGUUAAUCAAAAAUUAGCUAAUAGUAAUUUUACUGUUAAUAAGUAAUAAAAUGCUUUAUUAACCACUUAUUACGCAAUUGUUUAUUAUAAAGCCGCAACUGACAUUUAUAAGCCUUUACAAUUGGUUAAUACAUUGUUUAUGAAGCAUUAAAUUGUUUUCUUAACAGUUACAAAUGUAUUAAUGAUGGUUAUUACAAAGACGUACAGAUUUCAGUUUAAAAAUUGUGUUGUUUCCAGGCAUAGGCAGAGAUAUACCUGGUGACAUCAUCACGACAUCGUCAGCCCUGUUUUCUCAGACAAAACUGAUUCUUGUGCUCAAAAUCAAUGGACUGCCCCUUCAUACUUUGUUCUCAUCAUGCCAUGCUUUUGUCCUCACAUCCCACCAAAAGGUUAUUCUAUCAGUGGUUGUCAAUCUGGAUCUCAUACAACACAACUGUGUUCAAGGGCUUGGAUGUUAUAGCUUUCAAAAGAGGAGAUUUCAGUUUCUCCCAUUUGCUUCUGAUUGGGUCAAAUUCUGAGUUGAUAUACAGAUGCCAUAAUCUUUUGGUCUGAGUAUUGGAGUUUUUGGCAUCUUUUUCAGAUUGCAGGAUCAUUUCAUCUCUCUCUGUUGAUAAAGUUGUCUCACCUUCUCAUCCACUUUUUUAAAUGGAAACACACAGCCAAGAGGCUCCCUGUGCUCAGUGUUUACACAGCAUCAAUUGCACUUUAAGACAAAAACCCACAGAGCAAUCCAACAUACUCUGACAACAGUAGCUUAGAGCCUCUGUUGCCAACAGUGUGGCUAGCUCACCAAAGGAUUCAACUUGGCAGUCUCCUGCUAACCAUAAUCACUCUCAACAAAGUCGCCUUUCUUAUUUUUAUGUCAUUUUGUCUAAAACAGGAAGAUGUCCAUCUCUAUAUUCAGUCCUUGGGAUAUGAUGGCAGGUGAAACGUUUUGAUCAAGAAAAGUUUAUCUUUGUGAAGCUAUGUGGUUUGUGCCUUGUUCCGAAGUUGCAUUUAAUAUGUCAGAGAUAUAAAGAUGACUAGUAAUAAUAUCUAUGGACUGUCAUUACGAUUACAUGCCGUUUUCAUUUUGCUUGUUUUUCUUUUUCCAUUAUGUUGAUUUGAAGGGAGAGAUUAACGACCUUGGUACUGUUCCCCACCAAGAAACCAUCUUGGCACCGAAAUCUUCUUUGUUUGCUUUUUUUAAUAUAUAUAUAUAAACGUGAUUUAUUUCUAUAUAGUUGUAAGGUUGAUUUUCUCACCGCUCAGAAGUACAAUCAAACCUUUGAGACAUGAGGCUUACAGGUGUAUAAAGAUGAUCUUUGCUCUGAGAUGAUUUUUCUGAACCUAAAGCCCUGUUUGAAAGUCCAGAUGAGUCUGCAGUGUUCCGUGUUCCCUCGUGUCAUUUAAAUGUCAAAGAGACUGUUUGUGUUCAGCAGCUUCUCCCUCUCUCUUUACAUGCUUGGAAAUCUGUUUUGUCCUCUGCAGUGAGGUCUGCUCCAUGUUGAUGUCAGAUUGCUGAUGGAAACAUUUAUCUUUGUCUGUGAACCCAGUUUUCUGCUGAGGGAACUGAAAGAAUUGUGAAUUUGCAGGAAUAUUUGCAGAGAUGAAUUUGGCCGAAUCAAGUUUGGUGGAUGAGUUUCCAGACGUAUUCUUUUAUCAUCUGCAUUGUACCAUACUGUUCUCAUGUUAAUUAUUCUUUUCUUACAUGCUAACAUAUUGUUUUGUUUGAGCAAAUUAAAUGAAAAUUGCAAUACAAGA